CCGGUGAUAGGUGGCUGGGCCGCGCCUGCGCGGAAGGCGACGGCGGCGCUAGGCAGUGAAGUUGGGCAAAGCACCGGUGAUAAAAUGCAUAAGCUUAAAUCGUCUCAGAAGGACAAGGUCCGCCAGUUUAUGGCAUUUACCCAGGCUGGUGAAAGGACUGCUAUAUACUGCUUAAUGCAGAAUGAGUGGAAACUAGAAGUGGCAACAGACAACUACUUCCAGAACCCAGACUUGUACUACAAAGAAUCCAUGAAAAAUUCAGUAGACAGAAAGAAAUUAGAACAAUUGUAUAACAGAUACAAAGACCCACAGGAUGAAAAUAAAAUUGGCAUUGAUGGGAUUCAACAGUUCUGUGAUGAUUUAAGCCUGGACCCUGCCAGUAUCAGCGUUUUGGUUGUAGCCUGGAAGUUCAGGGCAGCUACUCAAUGUGAAUUCAGCAAAAAGGAAUUUGUAGAUGGCAUGACAGAAUUGGGGUGUGACACCACAGAAAAACUAAAAGCUCUAUUGCCAAGACUGGAACAAGAGCUAAAGGAUCCAAUAAAGUUCAAAGAUUUUUAUCAGUUUACUUUUAACUUUGCUAAAAACCCUGGACAAAAAGGUUUAGAUCUAGAAAUGGCAAUAGCAUAUUGGAAUUUAGUCUUAUCAGGAAGGUUUAAAUUUUUAGAUCUUUGGAAUAAAUUUUUGUUGGAACAUCAUAAAAGAUCAAUCCCAAAAGAUACGUGGAAUCUUCUGUUAGACUUUGGAAAUAUGAUUGCAGAUGAUAUGUCCAACUAUGAUGAAGAAGGAGCAUGGCCUGUUCUCAUAGACGAUUUUGUGGAGUAUGCACGACCAGUAGUCACAGGAGGAAAGCGUAAAACAUCCUAACCACAGACUCUUCAUAAUAAACUAAGUUUGCAGUCUGAACUGCAUCAGGUAACGAAGACAUUUUGGCCAAUAACCACGCACACUGUUGCUGGUUUCAGUGGUCAUGGUGAGACACCACUGACAAAACUGAGAUUUGCUCCUUUUUGCCUAAAGGAAAUGAUGGCUGACUUAUGGACACUGCAAGAACAAACUCAGAAGAUAGUCCAGGCUGCUCGUAGGAUAUUGGCUUCAAUUAUUGUACUGGGUGUAUCAUAUAGGAUGUAGAUUUUUGCAUGAUUUUAUACUUUGGAGAAGUUUAAAUAGAGGCCAUUUUAUUGAAGUUCUGACAGCACAGCAUGCCAUUCAGUUCAUGAUCCAAGGUGAACACCAGCAGUUACAUAAAUAAAACUGUAUUAUAUUGUACUUAUAUUAAAAGCAGUAUUUGUGGUAUAUAAAUUAAAUCCCUAAAUAAAACUUAUGUAGUAUGUUGUAUUUUUA